AUGAAGGUUAGAGGAGACCAAAAAGACCCAAGGACAGUCAGAAGGUGCAAGAGCUUAAGUAAAGCUUGGAACUUUAGACUCUCCACACCAGCUUUUGUGAAGAAAAACUACAAAGAAAACAAGGAACUUAAAAGAAGUGUCAUCAUUGGGAUAGGCCACCCUCCCGGUGAUCAAAACUCUCUUUGGUUCAUUCGAGCCUUUGUUGAUGACGGCAGCCAGGUGCAGUUCAAUGUCCCAUCAGGCAUCAACCAAUUUGGUUUCUAUGCUAUAAUCGGUUCUGAUAAUGGAAAUGUUUGCUUGAGGAUCUCAAUGGGUGGCCUUAACUCCAGGUUACUCGUUUGGAAUCCUCUGAUAAACAAGCAGAGAUACGCACCAGAUGAAUCUAUCAAGCACCUUGCUUAUGCUGUUUCACUAUAUGCAUAUGGCUUUCUUGAAGGCACGAUUGAGUAUAAAAUUAUUCACGUUUACAAGCAGAAUUUCUCUCAAAGAACCCUUUCAUGGUCUUUGUAUACAUCCUUUGAAAGGGAAUCGGCUCAAUCAGGGACCUUUGAUGCUAAUGUGCCAAAAAUUUGA